AUGGAUUUCGGUUCUACAACACCAACCGUUGAUCACUAUUAUCUUGCCAGACGUAGAAGAAUACUUAUACUAUUGGCACAGAGACGCUCACGUCAAGGUAUAGCCACUCAACGUGCUACCAUCCCGGUACAUCCGAGUUUUAGUAUCAAUCCAAACUUACCUUCUGUAGAUGAUGUUAUUUUUUCGGUGUCUGCACAUAAUACUUCAAAUGGAACCCCUGUAUCCUCUAACUAUCAGUGCUUGGAAAAUGAUGUUGGGCCUUCAAUGGCUAGAAAGAAGAGGAGGAUAAUCUUGUCUAACAAGAGGAAUACACCUAAUAAUGCAAACAAGGAAAAUAUAUCCAUAACCGGACAAUCUAUUUUAUUCAAAACUCAAACACCGAUGUCCGGUCAGUGUUUACCACUAACUGCUAAUCUAUCCAACGUCUUGAACACAGCCCCAUUGCAGAGACAUGUACGUCAACCUAUAUCUCAUAAAAACCCAGCUCAUUAUUCAGACGAUGCGAAUUCUCAUUCUGAAGAUGAUUUGAAUUGCUGUAGUAGUUCUGAUGAUGAUGCAGAACUUGAUAAUGAACCUUUAGUUGAUUCGCAUCUCGAAGAAUACUCCGACAUAAGAGAUCGAGUUUGGGAAUGUCCUUCCUGUCACGCAUCUAUGUGGUACCAAGAACACAUAGGAAAUACAAGACAUACCACUGCUCCAAAGUUCACACGGUGCUGCAGAAGUGGAAAAGUUGUUCUACCUUUGUUGAACGAUCCUCCGCAACUGCUGCAACAUCUUCUACAUAAUGGAACAUCUCUAGACAGUAAAAACUACCAAAGCAACAUUCGAACUUACAAUGCCAUGUUUUCAUUCACUUCACCUGGAAUGAAAUUCGACAAUACCGUUGCUGAUGGAGGAGGCCCACCGACUUUAAGACUGCAUGGUCAGACCUGUCAUCGAAUUGGUACAUUAAUACCAAAAGACGGAAGACCGCAAUAUGCACAACUAUAUAUUUUUGACACCGACAGCGAAAUAGAUAACCGACUGAAGUGUUUCAGCAAAAACAAAGUCAUCAAGAGGGAUAUUGUCUCCAAUUUGAAACUUAUGUUAGACGAAUGCAAUCCACAAGCAAAGGCUUUUCGAAUGGCGAGAGAUCUGUUGAAAGUCAACGCUUUCUUGGACUUAAAGCUACGCCUAAUUAGUGAUAGACCUGAAGAUGGUCGUGUCUACAACACACCAACUGUGUCGGAGGUUGCUGCUCUUAUUGUUGGAGAUAUCGAUCCUAACACGCCAAGAGACAUCAUUAUUCACGCUCGUGAUGGACAUUUGCAACAAAUUGAUGAGUUUCAUCCGGCUUAUUUAGCCUACCAAUACCCUCUCAUUUUUGUGUAUGGCGAGGAUGGAUACAGGAAAAAUAUUCUUCACAGAUAUGAGCAUGAACAACAGUUACAUGAUCAGUCCCGCGGUACGCAAGCAAAUACAGCACCUAAGAGAGGAAAACGUGUGGUUUUGCCAUCAAAUUUUGUCGGCAGCAAAAGAUACAUGGAUCAACUUUAUUUUGAUGAAAUAACAUGUGCACUCUCCGGCACUUCGUUGAAGCCUCAUGAUAGACCAUAUUUAGUUACCAAAGUUUUCAAAAACAAAUUUGACGAGCUAAUGACUGAUAUAACCAAACGCCAUGUCCUCGGGAAGGUGAUCGCAUUUAUGUACACGAUUGAAUUUCAGAAGCGAGGGUUGCCGCAUGCUCACAUUUUAGUUUUUUUGCACCCUCAGAGCAAAUAUCCAACACCAUCAGACAUAGAUAAAAUCAUUUGUGCCGAGAUUCCGGACCCCGCUGUUCAUCCAGCGUUAUACGACUUGGUCUCGGCAUACAUGAUGAACGGACCUUGUGGUCCAUUGCGCAUGAAGUCUCAAAGAAGAUCUGAUUCCCAUGUUAUUCACAAGAAUGGCGUCGCUUUGGACAAUCGACAUGUUGUGCCUUACAAUACAAGAUUUCUUUUGAAGUACCAUGCACAUAUUAACAUGGAGUGGCCUAACCAAGUUACAUCUAUCAAAUAUAUUUUUAAGUACAUACACAAGGGAUUUGAUAGAAUCACAGCAACGAUUUCAGCUUCAAACUCUGCAUCGGGAAGCGACAAAGAGCCUGUUGAUGAGAUUAAAUAA